ACUACUUCCUCUUUUCUCUUCAAAUGAUCCUACCCCACUACACACACAAAAUGCUGACCAGACUGUUCAAAUGAAAUGUUCAAGGAGGUAGUCGGGCAAAACUGUUGAAAAGAUGCAUCAAAGAAAAAGUUAUGGUAAUGCUUUCCACCGGACCAUCAUAUCCCUUGAAAAUAUUUUUGAACUCUGCACAGUUCUGAAGAGCAUAUGUCCCUGCUUCACCAUCGCACCAAAUCAAGGAUUUUGCAUGAGAAAGCUAAUACCCGUAUAAGAACAGGAAGUGUCCGAAGACAAGCAAUAAAGCAAUUGGAACUGAAUCAAGAGCAAACUCAAAAGGAUGAUCAGCUUCAAAGUUGAUUUGUUUCAUAAGUCAUGAAAAUACUUGGAAAGGUAAAACAACCUUUCGAUUAAAAAAAAUGGAAGCUGAAGGUGCAAAGUGGACAAGGACAGAAAAGGCUGCAGAUGGCUUUUUUCAGAGAUCCCCAUUCAACUUCUUUAGAAGUCAGAUCCCAAAGAAGAAACCCUCUGCUGAGAAAGGGGGAUGUGAACAGUACCAGGGCUCAGACCACGAAGAAUCCAAAGAGGAAAGUGGAAAGGGAAGCAGAGGACACAAAAUGAACGAUUCCUGUUUAGAAACUCAAAUGGCGGAGCAGAUUUUCCCUGCACCAGACUCAAUGCUGUGUCCACAAAGAGUCCAGAAUUUCCUGGGGAAAUUGGGCAAACAGCCCUCUAGCAAGGUUUUGGACUUAAAUAAUUGUGCAUUAAGUACAACAGAUAUAAUGGAUCUGGUUGCCAUAAUACAUUUGCUGCCAAGCCUGGAAGAGAUUGAUCUGUCCUGGAAUGAUUUAAUAGGAGGGACAUUAAAGUCUCUUACCCUUCCGUUCAAAUGUUUGCAAGAGCUGAAAGUCCUCCGACUGAACAACUGCAGACUCACAGCCAUGGAUCUUUCGUUUUUAGGUGAAGCGCUUGAAGUAAUUCCUUACCUUGAAACACUAGAUUUAUCGUGGAAUAACAACAUUGGUGGGAAGCUUUUUCUUCUAAUCCAAAAUAUCCCCAAAGACCAUAAACUCAAAACACUAAAAGUGAUGGAUUGCAGUCUAACUUCUGAAGAUGGUGAAUCACUAGCUCAGCAGCUCUACAAAAUCCACAGCCUUGAAGUACUGGAUCUGUCAAUUAACAAAAAGAUAGGAUAUGGCCUGGAGAGUAUCGCCCAGGAAUUAAAGCAUGUCUCAGGACUGAAAGUACUUAAUCUGAACAGGUGUGGGUUAAAACUAGAUGGAUUCAAGCAUUUAGCCAGUGCCUUGCAGCACCUGAUGGAACUAAGAGAAUUAGAUCUGUCAUGUAAUAAAGAGAUUGGAGGAGGUUUCAAGUACUUAGCAGCUCAUUUGGCCGAGCUAAAGAACCUAGAAAUCCUGAAUCUUCAUCAGUGUUGUAUUACAGAAGAGGACAUGACUGUUUUAACUCAGAAAUACCUCUGGCUCUCCAGAUGUUGCUGGACUACAAAUCCCCUAAUAUCAGAAUGUUCAUUGGCUAUGUUUGCAUGUGAUGUGAGCUGGAGUCCAACAAUAUCUAGAGGACCACAUGUUUACUACAAUGCAGCUGUACUGUCCUUUGAUCUUUUUGCAGCCCAUAUAAUUCCUCUUUUGUCGAGUCUUCAGGACCUGGAUUUAUCGUUAAAUAAAAGCAUUGGGAAGUCUUCCGACCACCUUCUUAGCAGACUCCGUUUUUUACCAAAACUGAAAUCUGUGCUUCUCGGCAAUUGUUCUUUACAGCACAAUUCAUUUGCAUCUUUAGCCGAUGCUGCCCUUCACCUUCCUGAACUGGAGCUAUUAGACCUUUCUUGGAAUAAAUGCGUUGGCGGGAACCUAAAGCUGAUUUUGAAAGCACUAAACCUUGGAGCUGAGAUCAAAGUGUUAAGACUAAGCAGCUGCAGCUUGGUGGAUGAGGACCUGGGUGGCCUUGGCCUGGUCAUCCAAGCUGGGCAUCUGGCUCAACUACAGGAACUGGACCUUAGUUAUAACAACCAGAUCUCUGACCAAGGAUGGGCAGUGUUCUAUCAAGACAUAGUUGGCCUUGAGCAGCUUUCUGAACUGGAUGUCAGCCGUCGUCCGUCGUCACGUGGCAACUGUGGCGAAUGGUUGGGCAAACUUUUGGCAGCACUGCUGAAGCUGCCCCGGUUCACGGAGCUAGGGCUGCAAGGCUGGGUUCUUUCCGAAGUUCAGCAAAAGCAACUGGAACAUUUUAAUCGGGACAAUGAACGAAAUGUUCGCUUUGAUGUUUGGUAUGGAGCAUGAUGGUUUUGUGCCAGUGUAACAAUCUAUAGCUGGUGGCUCAGAGGCUCAGCACGCAGUUCCUAUAGCCUUACCUGACAGAAUCCAGUGGGGUAGAGAGAAAAGAACACUAGAAUUGAGAAACUGAAGCCCUGAUCUCAGUGAAACUCCUACUCAGCCCCACCUUGUGAGUAAUUUUUCGCCACACAGGAUGAAAGACUUGCCUUGCUGGAUCAUUUUUCCCCACCAAGAGGAGUUUGUGGCUUGAGCAAUAGAAAAUACUAUCUUGAUCUGUGAAAAUGACUUUCUGUGAGUCCUUUUCUUUUCUUUUCUUGCUUGUAUUUAUUCCCCUGGCCCUUUAAGGUAUCACAGAAUGCAGUUAUUUCUUCUUGCCCUUGCCUUUGUCCUUUUCCUUUCCCUUUCCCUUGUCUUUUCCUUUUCCUUUGUCUUUUCCCUUUUUGUCUUUAUCCUUCUUCUCUUUCUUGCCUCUCCUGAUCAUUUUCAGGAUCUCGCCAAAGGCUCCAAUCCCUCUGCGCACCAUCAAGCCACGCCACCAAGCCUGGACCUUUGAGGGGAGGGAGAAACAACCAUAUGAGCAUUAAAAUGAAGAGGAAAAAAGCAGCUGUUUGUAGGUUUGGGAGAAGAAUUAGUUCAUUUUGUUCUUACAGCAGACAGACCAAUUUGAUGGCUGCAAACUUGCUACCAUAUUGGAGCACAACUCCUGCUUCUCUGGAUUUUACAAUGUAGUUUUGGUGUGCGAAAAAGUGCACACAGAAAUAGGUAAAUUUUACUGUCAAAAUGCAUAUGUUAUAGAGACAUGCAUUAACUAUAUAUAUAUAUAUAUAUAUAUAUAUAUAUAUAUAUAUAUAUUAGGGGAAAGGCAUACAAUUGAAAGUUAACUUUUCAUACAUUAUUUUAAAAAAUGCACAAAAUGGGAUGGAAGAGACCCAGGGCUUUUUUUCAGCUGGAGCUCACCAGAGCUCAGCUCAGGCACCUCUUAGGUGGGCACCAUGGCCCCUCUAAGACAGGCAUCCCCAAACUUCGGCCCUCCAGAUGUUUUGGACUACAAUUCCCAUCUUCCCCGGCCACUGGUCCCGUUAGCUAGGGAUCAUGGGAGUCGUAGGCCAAAACAUCUGGAGGGCCGCAGUUUGGGGAUGCCUGCUCCAAGAGAACAAGGGAGAAGUUCAUGGUGAGCUCCAGCACCUCUUUUUCUAGAAAAAUACCACUGAACAGACCUACGAUUAAAUAAUGAAACUGAAAUGGGAUGCAAUGCGCUGUCCAUUCCUAGCUAUUUGUAUUUUCAGAUUUCAAACGUUGGUGCAUAAAAUGGAUGGUGUGUUCCCGCUUUCCUCCCAAGGCUGUCGUCAUGUGGACAAAAAAUUUCUUGCAGGAAUUCUUCUGGCACCACUCACCCUUUUGCUACUCCCUUGUACCCCAUUAGGACUCCUGAAUUAGGAGCUCUCCUGAGUCAGUAACCUCUGUGCUUGUCCUCUCCAAAGAACUGUCCUCCUCAACAUCAUGGACCCUACACAUCACUAUGUUGGGCCAUCAGCAGAGCCCUGAGGGAAUUAACCAAGAGGAGGAGAUAUGCUGGUUUAUAUGCCAGGGGGCUGCCCCUUAAAAAGUGGUCCUAGAGUUUGUAGGAGCGAGUAGUCAGUGUUUGCCAGCCUCGUGCCCUCCAGGCUUUGGGCUAGAACUCCCAUCAGGUUGUCCAAAACAACAGAUUAGCAAAAGUUGCCAUGUUCACUUGGAGCUCUCAAAGGUUCUGCUACUGCCUGCCUGCCUUGUCCCACCAGCUUCUUCUCAAAGUCAGGAGGAAAAUACUCUCCUACCUGACCAGACCUCCUCCUUUUCCCCUUGUUCUUUUCUGUGUUACCCUGCACAUUCCCCACACUCCUCUAAUACCAAGUCAUACCAAUGUACCAGGAGAUAAUGCACCCUAAUCAGAAUAUUAUCUGCUACUUUGCUUCCACUAUUUAAAAUCCUGUGGCCCACCCACAGUUCCACUGAAUUGUCACUACAACAUGCUGCAGACCCAUGAGGCUUUUUGUGUGUGUGUGUGUGUUCUCUGUACCGUUAUGGUCA